AUGAGCACUGCUGCUGGUCUUACUGGACAACUCGUUGGUCAAAUAGCUAAAAUUAAAGGAAUGAGAGUUGUUGGGUCUACCGGAUCCGAUGAGAAAGUUGAUUUUCUUUUGAAUGAAUUAAAAUUUGAUGCUGCUUUUAAUUAUAAAAAGGUUAAUCUUGAUAAUGAGUAA